GGAUCCUUCUCUUGGUCUUCGCCAAUCGACGUCUACCAUCGAGAUCUACCAUUCAGAGAUCUCGAUAACCAAAAAUUUAUCAAAUCCAAAUUUGGAAAAUCGGAAAACUGUUCACGAUGGAGAUGCGCCGUCCAUUCCAAACAAAACAGGUCAUCAAACAUGACAUGAAUUGCAAUGUUCCCGGAAAAUUUAAGCACCAGAAAUCAUUCGAAACCAGAAAGGAUGAAGCUUAUCUGAUAAGGACGAAAUAUCCUAACAAAAUACCUAUAAUCGUCGAAAGAUACACAAAAGAGCAGAACCUGCCUUUGAUCGAUCGUAGUAAAUUUUUGGUUCUACAGGACGUCACCGUUUCACAGCUGGCAACACUUUUGAGGGACCGUAUGCGAGUUGGCCCUAACCAGGCAUUUUAUUUACUGAUCAACGAAAGGACAAUGGCUGGUUUGUCUAAAAGUCUAGGAGAAAUCUACAAGGAGCACAAGGACGAAGAUGGAUUCUUAUACGUAACUUAUGCCUCUCAAGAGGCAUACGGUGGAGAUAUCAAAAAGUUUCAGGAAACCUCCUGUGGAGACACCAGGAACGUCCAGGAACCUCCAAAUAAUUUUUACAAACACUUGGUGUUCCGGGGGAGCGGGACUGGUGGAAAAUUUGCCGAAACUAGAUUUUGUAAGUAA